AUGCUGUCAGGCCAGAUCUUCUCCACGUGCGUUUCGGAACAAGCAGAGGAGUUUGGCGCAAAAGUCACUGCGGCAGUGGCAAUUUACAACGCGGUUGUUGUGAGGAUUGUGAAAGCGAUUCACAGUCGCCGUCUUUGUUUUUGGGUACGUCGACGUCGUCCACCGAAGCUUCCAACAACGACGGCACGUGGCGUCCACGUGUCUAGGCAGCAGGAAAAAAUUGCCAACACCUCGAGGGCAAAGGCGUUGUUUGUGCUGGGUGCGACGAUCUGCAUCCGGAGGUCAGUGUUCUGGACCACAGCUUCUCCUGCCUUCUGCGGUGUCUUACGAACAAUCCGAUCAGAAAAGGCAACAAAAAUCUUUUUAGGGGUGAGUGGCAUCAUAAAAAAGAUUUUUCUUUUGCACAAUUUGGGAAAUUUGAACAAGCCAAAAUGUUUGAUGAUCUACUUACAUGGAAGGUCAUUUUACUUUGCGGUUGGUAGUUACCAGAAAAUCGGCCAGAACACUCUUUGCUGUACCAGAAAAAAAAAACUUGAAAAUCUUAAAAUUCCUAGUUUUUGGGAAAAGACGACUCAAAGUCAAAGAAAACGCUCGAAACCCAAGAAAAUAUGCCAUUUAGAGCUUCAAGUUCUUAUUGUUCAGAAACUAGUGAGUUUUGCCGGUUGAGACUUUUAGGAUCUCCAUCUGGUGCAUCAAGAACCGUUCUGGCCAACUUUCCGGUUUGCCGAACGGCAAACUAAAAUGACUCGUCGUUAGAUGACGAUUCUGAAAACCUCCACUUGCCCAAUUAUUCAUUUUUUUCCAAAACUGUGAGCCUGUCAAAGCUGUCCACACUCCAAAAAACAGCGCUCUCAUCAUUAAUCUCUUGUUAAAAAGCAAAAACAACUUUGCAAAAAUGUACAAAUAAAUUUUUUUCUGUAGCAUAUUCAAUUUUUUUUCAUAAAUUUCAACAAUCUGCAUUGAAAAACUCAGCUUUCUGAAUUUUCAACUCUCCUUUCUUCAACAAAAAGAUAUUUUUUUAAACAAAUUAUAAAAAAAGCAGGAUGUCAGCCUCGCCUAGAAAAAUUACUCUUUUUAAAAAUAAAUAUAGCAAUUUUUUUGGAAAUUUCUUUCUGUACAAUUUUACACUCAGAAAUCAGAUCAAAAAAACUCGAAAAAAAAAAAAAAAGGAAAAAAAUUCUUUAUGAUUGAAGCGAUAAAAAGUUUGAAAGCUUGUGUAAAUUUUUAACGACCGAAGGAAAAAAAGUCCCUUUAGUGUUAAGUUCAAAGUUCACUGUGGCUUUUUAAUGAUUCACUUCUGAAAUUAUAUAUAAUGAUCUUUCAGAGGUGCUACUUUUUAAGACUUUUUUUGAGAUCUUCUGAAGUUUGCUCAACAGAUCAAAGGCAAAAAUAAAUUCCGUGUAGUUUUAAAAAUCACAUAUUCAGAUCUGAGAAUCUCCAACUGAGGAAAUAUCCACUUCGAGUGUUGGCGGAUUUUCCACAAGAGAAAGAAACUUUUUCUAGAAUAAAUCGAAGAAUGCUUCGAAAUUCAUGAAUGAUACUCUGUAAGAGCAAUUUCGCGCGCUCGAUGGACACAACUUUUAAUUUCAAGACAUGUCCCGCUCUCCAUCAAACAUGCCACUUAUCUCUGAAAAGAUCAAGAGGUAAAUCGAGUGAGUGAGAAACUCGUUACGGAGAAUCAAACCUUCUCAAAGACAUUUUUCCUCGUUUAAAAAUAGAAACGGUCUCUUAAAACCAAACUUUUUCCUUCAACCUUUUUGUAUUUUGGAAUCACAAAAAAACAUAGAUUCCACGGCACAGUACUCGAGAUUGACUUUUAGAUUAAGGUGUAUUUUUUGAUCAUCUUUUCUGUUUUUUUGAAUCUUCCCAUGAUAAGUUUUUAAAGUUACGUGCUCAUUUCACUAUUGAAAAGACUGCGGAAAAAUCUCAACUAGUUUUUACGACAAAUAAAAGUUUGCUCAAUUCGAGAGCUGGCAGAACCAAGGACGGAAAAGCUUCGUCGCUGCCUUUUGCGAACAAGUCGGACCACUCUGUCGGCGACCCCCAGGGAAUAUUUGAGAAAAAUGAGCCAACAGCUCACACACUCAUAUACGAGAAGCAGCAAGGCUCACAAACACCACCGGGUCGCCACGUUCAUGUUGAUUCCGAGGUUUGA